GCAGAUUUCUUUCUUGUACUGCUCGUGCCCGUACAAGUUUGUAUUCGUGCACGCACAAGCUGACCGUUACUACUACUUUCCCAGCUCGUUCACGCGGCACAAAGUUGUAAUCUCUCAUCAUAGGUAAACCAUGAGCUCAGAAAACGCACCUGACCUCAUCGAGGUCUUGGCGUACAGGAGGGAGCCCCCGCCGUCGAGAGUGUAUGAGGUGCUCGACAGCGAUGACAGCGAGAGCUCUUCAGACGAGUCGAGCGACGACUGCAUUGUUGAACUUCACAGGACCGCACCACGUCCACUGACAGAAAAUGACGCAAAUAAGCUCAAGGUGGUGUACGAUUCAAGAAUGCAGCAGAGACCGCUCUUGAAGUCACUAGCCGAAUGUCACGUGGCCGGCGACGCGUCAAAGGAAGCGGGGUGCGCUCAUCCGGGCAGCGUCACUGCCUUGAAGCUUGUGUCCUGGAACAUCGAUGGUCUAAACGACAAAGAAAUCCAAGCCCGCACACUCUCCAUUUGUAACGCCCUCAACGGACUGGAACCCGAUGUAGUGUUCCUCCAAGAAGUCGUCCCUUCUAUCGUGGGAGUAGUGAAAAAGCAUCUCUCCAGAUACAGAUACAUUCCGGGCGACGACAAGGGCUACUUUGCUGUGACACUCAUCAACAAGAACUCCGUGAAAUACAUCAGCCAUUCCGUUGUUCCUUUUACAUCAACGCAAAUGGACAGGCAUAUUGUUUGUGUUGAGGCGACAUUUAAUGGUUUUCCACUGGUGUUAAUGAACACUCAUUUGGAGAGCAUGGCAUACUCAUCCCAGGUAAGAAGCAUUCAGCUGAGGAAAUGCUUCCGGAGGUGCAUAAAGGAACCCUCGGACAGGACCGUCAUUUUUGGCGGGGAUCUCAACCUCCGAGACUCCGAGGUAAGGGUGCAGCUUUUGAAGGUUUCUGAACUAAGACUUUCGUUGCAUUUUUUUGUUUUUCCCCGUUAUCUAAGGGUUGCCACAAGGUGUUUGUACCAUACAUACCUUUUUUAUGGCAAAAUAUUCUCAUUUUGUUUGCUUAUGCACCUUUUAGCAUGUUCAUUCUUCGGAGGUUGAUCUGUGCUUUUCAUUUGGCCAAGUUAAACCGUGCCACAGUCACCUCACUUCCAUGAACUGUUACUUCAAUAGGAGAAUGGCUGGGGUAACAGAUGCUUGCCAACGAUCCUAAAAUACCGACCAGGGGUUGACGCAUACCCAGAUUAUUUGGUGGCUCUAGUUUGUUAUUACAAUCCCAACUAGACUGCAAAUAAUGUUUUCAUAUCCCCAUCAGGGGCUGCCGCGUUUAACACACUCUAAUAUUGUAGGUGAAUCUCCACGGUCCCAUAGAUUAUCUGUGGGUAUCUGUAAUUCUUGAAAAUGUGGCUAAACAUUACCCAAAAAUUUUUUUCGGAUGGCAGAUAGGAUGCAGAUUUGGUGAGUCAUGAACGCAGGUUGAAUGCAAUCUUCAAGGUUUGCACAUUGAAUGACAGUAUGUUGUUAGUUUGCAAGCUCCUGUUCUUUGGACCAAACUCUGCUUCAGGUUGCGAUGGAUAGGUCUCUUAUCUCAAUAAUCCGCUAAAGGCUGGUUCAGACACUUGGCGUUUGUUUACGACCGAGUUGCGAUCUCUUACAACGAGAGGACACGCUGGCGUCAACUGUGAGGUCGCCCUGGAACUGCUUUUCAAUAGAGCGAAGGCUUUGCAGCAUUUGUGAAAGCUAUCGGAAGUGAUUGUUUUUAACAUUUUCAAAAGUUUUCUCGUGCCAAUAAAGAAAAAGUGAUGCACAAAAUGAAUAGGAAAUAAACGGAAAUCCUAAGUGUUCGGGUAAUUUCACCCUAUCAAACACGAAAAUCAAGGUUUGCCUUAGCCGGUGAUGGUAUUUUUAUUCCUUUAAAGCUUUUUGCAGUGCAGAAAGACAUCAGCGUUUGAAGGCCUUAAAACCUCAUAUUAAUUUCUCUCAUUAUUAUUACUGACUUUUCCAGGGUCAAAGCAAUUACCGGUGGAAUCCCCUUUUAGUGCGUGGUUCACUCAUAAAAAGGUCGUCCGCUCUGCCUUUCAGGUUGCCUCUGUCGGCGGCGUUCCAGACGGCAUGUUUGACGUGUGGGAGGCCUGUGGGAGCAGCCCUGCAACUCGCCACACCUGGGACAUGAGCGUCAAUGACAACCUGGACUUUGGAGGCGAACAGGCGAAGCCAAAGUGCCGCUUUGACCGCGUGUACGUCAGGCCCUCCCAGCCUCCCGGCCUGGUCCCGGCAUCUUUUCUUCUGACCGGGAAAGAGAGGCUCCGGCCCGAAGGCUGUUUCCCCAGCGACCACUGGGGACUCGUGUGCUGCUUCAGCCACAGCUGAGGUUGUGAGCUUCAGCAGUGUCUGUUUCUUAACUGGUACUAAGUGAAUAGUCAGUGUAGCCAAGGACAGGAUCGAUCCUGAAAUGUCUACUCUCGUCUCAGUAACCGGAUUGGUUCUCCGUCUCGAAAACAGAGUCGUGUCCUUAGGGUCGGGAAGCCAGUAUUUACGGGAAUCCGAUUCGGUAAUAUGAGCGUCGCCUUUAAAAUGUUGGGGUGAAAAGGUCUGCGGUCAUGGGACUAUUUCGAACAAAGUGCCUUUGUAUGCUUUCAUGUGAGAAAAUAUGAGCCUGCCGAAAAUUUAUUAAAAAAGAAGCAAUGUAGGAGUUGCAGUGAAGCAAAUUAUGUCCGGAUAGCUUUCUUUAGCCAGAGCCUAGAUAAAGUUUUAAGGUGCUCGAGCAGUUUUUUAUUUUUUUUUAUUGAAGAUAUUGCUAUGUGGGAGACACACUCUUCUGUUCACUACUGGCAGUUUGUAAAUAUUCUUUGAUGUUCUCCUGAAACGAAGGUCGUAGUUACAAGGAGUCUUUAAUAUGUAAUACUUAGUAAUCCUGGUAUUGUAUAUUAUCGGUGGCUUAAGUUUGACCAUAUCUUCUGCCUUCACAAUUUUAUGUUUUGGUUGCCAGCUGCUGUGAAUUUGGAUAUAUUCCCUAAUUAAAUGGAGACACUAACUUACAACUUCGGGAUGUGGCACAAAGCUGUGAAGCGCAAAAUGAUGGGUAUAAAGCUGUUAAGAUACUUGGCACAAUGCCGUAUUUGUGGGUCUUUAUUGUGUUGCAAAUUUGCCAAGCUGCCAAUUUUUGCCCUGUUUUUAGGAAAUGAAAUACUGCUAUUGGAAGUAAGCUGGUCCUAGACCUUUUAUAUUUAAAG